AUGUGUAUUGCUUCUGCUAUCCACACCGUCGCCUUCUCACCCGCCUCAUUAGGGAACAUAGCUCGCCUACGAAUCGGAGAUUUUGCCAUUACGUUCACCAGGACAGUCGAUGCCCAUGGAUUGUUCGACCCUGACCGCGCUCUCUCGUCCGUGAGGCGUCAUCCCGGCUUGGAUGCGUUUGCCUGCCUCAAUGCAGCUCGAUCCUUCCCGAAGAGGAAGUCGCAGUUCUGCAUCUGCUCCUUCCCUGCCGGUGUCUGUAUUCCUCGCCCUCGUUCCUUCCUGUCUCUGCCUCGAGCGAAUUUUGAAGAUGUUGCUUGGUUGUGUAACACCUCCUUUCUGAGCAUAAGCCGCCCCGUGGGCAGGCCCAUCACUAGGCUGGCUAAAAACACUCAGCCUACCACGCAGGCCAGCUCCAAAAGGGAAAUGCUCUGUGCCUUCCACCCAUCCUUUUUCUCCUCCCAUUCCCUGGCCACCAUCGGCCCUUCCUCCUCUCCCAUCUGUCCUCCUGCUUUGACGCCUGGCGCUGUGGCCAUGCCCAGUCCAGUAAGUGACAGAGCUUGCUGGUUAAUAUAUAUUUGCCACCCCGCGGUGAAGCGCGGAGAGUUAGCCGAUAGGUAA